AUGGCAGAUCAGCACCUGCACACCCCCAUGUACUUCUUCCUGGGCAAUCUCUCCUGCUUGGAGACCUGCUACAGCUCCACCAUCCUGCCCUGGCUGCUGGCCAGCUUCCUGACUGGGGACAGCAGCAUCUCUACUCACGGCUGCAUGGCCCAGUUCUACUUCUUUUCUAGUUUUGCAGGUACUGAGUGUUACCUGCUGGCGGCCUUGUCCUAUGAUCGGUACUUGGCCAUAGGCCAGCCUCUGCUCUACGCAAGCCUCAUGACCUGGAAGUUCUGUGGCCCCAAGGCAAUUGACCACUUCUUCUGUGAUUUUAGUCCAUUGCUGGAGCUCUCCUGCAGUGACACCAGGGUGCUUACACAGGUCGCUUUAACCUUUGGCUUCUUGGAUGCGGGAUUCCCUUUUCUGUUCACGCUGGCCUCCUACGUGUGCAUCACAGCUGCCAUCCUGAGGAUACUGUCCCACAUGGGCAGGCAAAAAGCCUUCUCCACUUGCUCCUCUCACCUUACUGUCGUCACUGUCUUCAAUGGCACUCUCAUCAUCGUCUACAUGCUGCCCAGAACAGCCCCCCUGAGGCAGCUCAACAAAGCCUUCUCCUUUUUCUGCACCAUCCUCACGCCCCUGGUCAACCCCCUCAUCUACAGCUUGAGACACAUGUGA